AUGCAAGUCGUUCGCAAGCCUGUUCAUCUGACCUGUCCACAGGAAUCUGCGACCGCCACCAUUGAACUUCCCGAAGACGAACCUGAAAUCAUCGAGAGACUCAUAGAAUACUGCUACCGUGCUGACUACACCAAGUUUUCCGCCAACGCAUUCCUCGGUCACGCCAAGGUUUACGCGGCUGCCCACAAAUAUGGCGUCGAUUAUGCAGGUUGGGCAGCAACGACGAAGUACGAACGCGCCGCGAGCUUUGAAUGGGAUGCGUCCGACUUCCUUCUGUCAUUUCCUUACAUUUUCGAGUCUACCGCGGAAUCAGUUCUCGACAUGCGAAGGACGGCUACCGAAUGCGCUAGAUCUCGCAUGCUGAGCUUGACCCUGACGGAGGGGCUGUACAAUGCAUGGAAGCAAACAUGUUUGGAUGUGCCUGAGUUUGCCUUCGAUGGUCUUGGAGAUCUAGCAAAGGAGGUUCGCCGGUUUAUUUGUGGCGAAUGCAACAAUGGGACGUCACUCCGCCAGGAAUUCAUGAAAAGCGCAUGCUGCGAAGCUGAGGUGGACAACGAUCCGGAUUUCACGGCCGUGGAUCCCUGA